CCUAUUAUCGUGCUAAGUUUUACUCUCCAACCAAAAUGUUGAAGUUUCUCGUUACGGUAACGUGCUUAGCGUUGAUCGCACAAGCGACUGUCGUACAAAUUCCAUUGAAUAAGAACAACCAAAAACGCUCCUUGAAGAAUGUCGCCGCACAAUUGGCGGUUUUGCGUAGCAAAUACAAUUCCUUGCCACGCGCUACAGACGAGCAGUUGCACAAUUACUUGGACGAUUCAUACUAUGGUGCUAUCACCAUUGGUACACCACCGCAAAACUUCCAAGUACUCUUCGACACCGGUUCAUCAAAUUUGUGGGUGCCUAAAGGACCAUGCUCAGGUGAUCCGGCUUGCAAUAACCACAACUCAUAUGAUGCAAGCAAAUCGAGUACAUAUAAAGCGAACGGCACAGAGUUCUCCAUCCAAUAUGGUACUGGCAGUUUAACCGGUUAUUUAGUGGAAGAUACCGUAUCCGUGGCGGGUUUGGCUAUAAACGAUCAAGUAUUUGCUGUAGCCACGACGGAACCUGGCACUACUUUCGUGGAUGCCGUAUUCGAUGGUAUACUCGGUAUGGGCUACCAGGAGAUCUCUAAUGAUAAUGUGGUACCACCAUUCUAUAAUUUGUACAAACAAGGUUUGGUCAAAGAACCCGUUUUCAGUUUUUAUUUGACACGUGAUGGUACCUCUAGCCAGGGUGGUGUCUUAACUUUAGGUGGCAUUGAUAGUGAUCACUAUGAAGGUGAUAUAACCUAUGUUCCUGUCGCAAGCAAAGGAUAUUGGCAAUUCAACGUUGAUACGGUAUACAUUGGUGAUAACGAGUUCUCUUACGAAGAUUCGGCAAUUGCUGACACCGGUACUAGCCUUGUGGCAGUACCCUACUAUUUAUAUGGAUAUCUACAGGAACUCAUUGGUGCUGAACCCGACUACGAAGGUCAAUACUUUGUAGAUUGCUCUCAAGUAUCCAGUUUACCAAAGAUCUCGUUCACCAUUGCUGGCACUAACUUUACAUUAGAGGGUAGCGACUACGUCAUUGAAGUUGACUCUGAGAGUGGUGAGCAGUUGUGCAUGACUGCUUUCGAAGAUGGUGGUACUUCUUUCUGGAUUUUGGGAGAUGUUUUCAUUGGAAAAUACUACAGUGUUUUCGAUUUGGGCAAUAAUCAAGUUGGUUUUGCUAAAGCCAAAUAAAAUAUUCAAUUUGAAAAAAAACAUGCAAAUAAAAAGUCAUAAAAGAAUAUUUGACUAA